UCUAUACAAUCCAGUUUCCAGCAUAUCGAGAGGUUGUUUAACAGACAGAAGACACAAUCUGGACUGCAGGAUAAACAAGUGAUAGAACACAGUAUGCCCUACUUAGAGCCAAUACCCACAAGCACAGACAUAUGGGAUGAAACGUGGCAAUUUACAAAUACAGCUGUUUCUUUAAGUGAUGUCUCUAAACCAUCUAAUGCCCUUACAGUGCACCAGCAGGAAGAAAAACCUAUUCAAGAGCCCUGCAAAGUUGAUUUACAUUCUGGUGAUGCUGGUCAGCUCCCUCGUCCAUUGGAGGAAUUUUACAUCUCUCUCAUCAAAUCCAGAGAAUCGCAAGAAAAGGGGGAAAUGCAGCCAUCUACUUCAACAGCAAACCCUUCUGUGUUAGAAGAUGUCUGCCCACAUCCGCUUACAAAACAUCAGGAAAAUAUCUGUACAUCAGAAAUUCUUGUUACACAAAAACCGUGUAAUGAAGUCGCUGCUAGCGCUGUAUGUGGGGAACAAACCUAUUACCAGCAGUCAAGUUACAUGUCUCACCCACUUCUUGGAUUUCAGAAACAUCAUAUCUCUAAGAUUUCAGCCACCAUGGCACUGGGACCUGCUGCUCGUUAGCCACUGCUGGUAGCCUACUCGGCUGGGUGACUGAAGCAGGCAAAAUAUAACUGAAAAAAUAGGCAGUGAAAUUCUUUGUUUUCGAUAAGUUAUCAAAAAAAAAUUAUGAAAGGAUCAGUAAAAUUUGAUUUAAAAUGAAGUACCUUAUUGUAAAUACAUUUUCUUGUUAUUUCUUGCUGUAAUUCUAUUCCCUGUUCAGGCAGAAGAAGAGUGGUGUUGUCUCCUUAUUAGUUUAAUAAAGAUGAGAUGGACCAUAAAACUGUAAUACUUAACUGACUGAAACAUCUAGACCAUUUUACUGUUGAACAACUGUGUACUCACAAAGGUGCUAAACAUAUAAAUAAUUUCUGGGCACUAGACAAGACCAGUGAGCCAUCGGGAAUCAUAUUCUUGGGUAUCCACUAAUCACUGGUGUUAUCUUGCUUUACAACAGAAUAGAGGCACACAGUGGUAAAAUAGUAAUGUGCUGUAAUUUUACUAUUGCGGUUUUAUGUUCCUGAUGUAAUAGAUCACUUGAAUACAUAGCAGAACAAAUGUUUAAACUCUGCUAUGUCGAUCGAGCACGCAAACGGCAGUGUGUAAAAAAAAAACAGGGAACAUAUUCGUAGUUGAGAUUUGUUUACUAAAUUGAUGCCAAAUAUGGCCGCAGGCAUAACCAAUCUGCUGUUUUCAGUGCAAAUCCAGAUAUUUGUGUGUUGCACUUUUACAUGAAUAAAUCUAGUAUCAGAGAUAUCUGAACGUUGCUUCCUGCAACCAUAUUUGCCCAUGUAAAAAAUAUAUAUACAAACACCAGCAACUGUUUUUUUUGUUUUGUUUUUUUUUUUCCAAUUUAAUGUUUUGUUUUUACAUCACAGCUUAUUGUUUCUAAGGCAGUUUAGUGUUUGCUACAGCAUCAAAAUUCUAUUCCUAAUUAAUCAUUUUAUUUAUGAAGAGAGACACUUAUGUAAGAAUAAUAUAUUCUGAUGGAUCUUGAAUAUUUCAUUUUACAUUGUGUUUUAUUUGAUUUAUAGAUAUAUGUUUGUAUGAAUCAAACAAUGUCAUCUUGUUUUCUAAAUCUUCAAAUCUUUCAAGUCCUCUAAACUUUUAUUUUGAAUGUUAAAGUGAUGGUAAACUCUCUCCUUUUUAAAAUCAUAUCCGGAAUGUUAGUGAUAUUUUAGAUGGAGUUUAAUUAAUCACUUCUAACUGAAAAUGCGCUAUAACUUAAUAUAGUUAUGAAAUUCAAUUAUCCUGUGUCAAUUUUUCUGUGAGCUAUUGGUUUGAAUUGUUCUCCAAUCAGUGCUUUCUCCAUAUGGCACUUUUGUUGAAGCUGGAGCGCUGAUUGGAGAAGAUUUUAAACCGUUAGCUCACAGAAAAAUGUAUUUUUGAAGUGGGUGGGGAAGUGCGGGUAUUUGAGUUUUAUAUCUUUAUGAAAAAGUAAGUUAUAGCGCAUCUUUGUUACAACUGAUUAAUGAAACAGCAUCUAAAAUAUCACUAACAUUCUAGAUCUGAUUUUUAAAAGGGGAGAUUUUACCAUCUCUUUAAGUUUUUUAUUUAAUUUAAGAACGGAUAGAUGUAGUUUGUUGUGACCAUUAUACAAUAAAGUAUCACUAUGCUUAA